AUGCCACCUAAAGUAAUCCGCCUCGGAAUACUCGUUCCCUCCUCAAACACGGCUCUCGAGCCUCUCACGACAUCCCUCCUGGCCAGCAUCAACGCCUCCCUCCCCAACACCCCCAACUUCACCGCGCACUUCUCCCGCUUCCCCGUCACAACGAUCUCGCUCUCCCCCACUGGCCUAGCACAAUUCGACCUCGCGCCCAUCCUCUUCGCGGCCUCGCUGCUCGCGCACGCAAACGUCGAUAUCAUCGGGUGGUCGGGCACGGCUGCAGGCUGGUUGGGGUUCGAGAAAGAUGCCGAGCUAUGUGCGAGGAUUGAAGAGGAGACGGGCAUAAAGGCUACGACGAGCGUGUUGGCGUUGAAUAAAGUGUUAGGGCUGUGGGGUGUGGAGAGACUGGGGUUGGUGACGCCGUAUCUGGAUGAUGUGCAGGCGAAGAUUGUGGAGAAUUAUGGGAAGAUUGGGGUGCAGAUUGUGGGGGAGAAGCAUUUGAGGGUUGAGAAGAACAGUGCUAUUGCUGAUAUUGGAGAGGAAGUGCUGGAUGGGAUGGUGCAGGACGUUAUUGGUGUUGAUGGAGUGCAGGCGGUGACUACGUUUUGUACCAAUCUAAUUGCGGCACAACGAGUGAAGUUUUGGGAAGAGAAGCAUGAUAUUCCGGUAUUUGAUACAGUUACUACUGUUGUUUGGGAUAUGUUGAGGGAACUUGGAGUUGAUAUGAGUGGUGUUGAAGGGUGGGGAAUGAUUUUCAAGAAAUGA